AUGGCUCGCUCCUCGAGUGUCCUUGCAGGCGGCCUUCUUGGUGCUGCCUCUUUGGGAGGCCUCGCCUUCUUGGCACCCGGGCAGAGCCGUCCUCAGCCGGUGCAGCAGGAGGUCGCCCAUGCCCAUGCCCAGGGCUUCCUGGCAUCCACCAGCCCUGGCACCAGCACUGCUGGUCCUGUGCAGGGCAUGGCUGGUGCCUUAGCCGUGGCCGGCUUGAGCGUCGCGGCCGUGCGAGGCGCAUCCGCUGCCCGCAAGCAGGGCAUUCAGCCUCGCGCAGCCAAGAGCGUCGUGGCAUGCAGAUCCUUGGCCAAGCUGAAGAUUGACGGAGUGGACCUGAAGGACAAGCGUGUCUUCAUCCGCGUCGACUUCAACGUGCCCCAGGACAAGAAGGACCCGAACAUCAUCACCAACACGGCCCGAAUCGAUGCCGCUUUGCCCACCAUCAAGUAUGCCCUUGACAACGGUGCCAAGUCUGUGGUGCUUUGCUCGCACUUGGGCCGCCCCAAUGGGCAGAAAGACGAGAAGUUCUCUAUGAAGCCGGUCGCCAAGGUGGUCGAGGAGAAGCUGGGAGUGCCGGUGAAGCUGAUGGACGACGUGGUCGGUGAGGACGUGGAGGCUGCAUGCGCUGACCCUGAGCCGGGCACCGUCAUUCUGCUCGAGAACUCCCGCUUCUAUGUUGAGGAGGAGGGCAAGGGCAAGGACGCCGAUGGGAACAAGGUGAAGGCUGAUCCAGAGAAGGUGAAGGAGUUCCGAGCCUCUCUCGCCAAGUUGGCGGACAUUUACUGCUCUGAUGCCUUCGGCACCGCCCACCGUGCUCACAGCUCCAUGGUGGGUGAGGGCUACCCAGUCAAGUGCUCCGGCUUCCUGCUGGCCAAGGAGCUCGACUACUUCGCGAAGGUCGUGGAUGCCCCGACCAGGCCGGUGUGCGGCAUCCUCGGUGGAGCAAAGGUCGCAGACAAGAUCCAGCUUAUCAUGAACCUACUGGACAAGGUGGACAUCAUGAUCAUUGGAGGAGGCAUGGCCUUUACCUUCAUCAAGGAGGCAGGUGUGGACAUCGGCAACUCCCUCUACGACGAGGAGGGUGCCAAGUUGGUGCCGGAGAUCAGGAAGAAGGCCGAAGAGAAGGGCGUGGAGCUCAUUUUGCCGGUGGACUUCGUGUGCUCCUCCAAGUUCGGGGAUGACGGAGAGAUCCAGGCAGGUGACAUGAGCACUGGGGUUCCCGAUGGCUUCCUGGGCCUUGACAUUGGCCCCAAGUCCAUCGAAAUGAACGACGAGGCCAUCAAGAAGUCCAAGACGAUCGUCUGGAAUGGUCCGAUGGGUGUGUUCGAGAUGGAGGCUUUCGAAAAGGGGACGAAGCAGAUGAUGGAGACCAUCGUGUCGGUCACGAAGGACGGCGCCGUCUCCGUGAUCGGUGGUGGCGACACCGCCACCGCUUGCAAGGUUUAUGACACUGUUGACAAGGUCUCUCACUGCAGCACUGGUGGCGGUGCAUCCCUGGAGCUUUUGGAGGGCAAGCUCCUCCCCGGCGUGGCUGCGCUUGAUGAUGCGUAG